UACUUUCUCUUCUUUACGCGUCUGACUCUUGUUGGAAUAGUGUAGGCCUAAUGGCGCCCGGUUGCAUCAGGUUCAAACGUAAGCACAUUCAUCCAAGAUAAUACAAAUAAUAAGGUUUUGUUGAGUCGGGCUGAUAAAUUGUUGACGUGCAAAGACGCUACAAACCCGUCGUUUGGAUCACAUUCAUGAAAUGCCAGCUCACAGAUUCGCCGGAGCUGUUCGCUCUAGAAUUCGACUUAAAAUCAUUAAAAAUAUUCCUAAAGUGUUAUUUCUAUUGUUUGUACUUGUGAUUUUAACUUCAUUGAGAUUAACUAAUUUAGCGAGAUCACAAGCUAGGAGAGCGAUAUUAGCCAAUAAAGCGGACUUUAUAAAACUUGCUCAUGACAAAGUUACUCUACCAAAAUUGAAAGAUGAAAUUAAAGAAAUUGAGUCGAAUGAAGAAAUCGUGGAGGUAAAUUAUGUUGAAGAAGUGUAUGAAGUUAUUGAAUGCUUUGAUAAUCCAUCGUCAAUCUUUGAGGAUGAUAGUUCAAGUAGAGUACGGGUUAGAAAAGUAUCUCAACUUGAGGAGAUAGACAGGAAAAGCUCCAGCCGAGUAAUUUCUUUGGAUACGCAAUUCUGCCCAGUAUGUUUCGGAAAAGAUCAAUGUGAAGAAAUAUCUGAACAUUUCGAAGGAGAACAAAGAGGAAGACAUUCAAACACACUUGUAGAAAUUAAAGGAACAUGGAAAGGUAACUCCGUGACUUUGACCAACUUUGGAAAUAGUAAACCAUAUCGAGAAUUCGAUGACUUGGUUAAUAAACUAUUUGGAAAUGAAGAAACAUUUAAGAAGCAUUUUCCAUUUCAACCUUUUAAAGGAAACUCCGUUUUAUCGAUGCAAAGUGUACACAAUGGAAUUUUGAAUGAUAUACAUGCAAAUAUAUCAAAUAACAUGUAA